AUGUUUAGAAAGCUUCUGCGGUUGAGAAAGAAAGCAUUGUCAUUCCUCAGUAUAGUUAUUGGGAAUGGAGAGGACUCGUUCUUUUGGUGUGAUCCCUUGACGCUUUUCGGUUCAUUAAUUGUCUACCUGGGUCCCAAUGGACCUUCUCGCCUUGGUGUCCCAAUUGAUGCUCUUGUAUCAGAUCUCAUUACCUCGGAAGGUUGGAACCUCCCGCCGGCAAAAAUGGAAUCUCAGAUGGAUUUAUAUGCCUACAUUUCCCAGAUCUCUCCCUCAUCGAGUAGUGAUCGAGCGGUUUGGAAAAUUGAUGGGAAAGCUCAGAUCAGCUUCUCAUCCAAAAGAGUGUGGAACAGUAUUAGACCUCAGAAUCAGGAGGUCGCAUGGUUUUCCUCAGUUUGGCACAAGGCCGCAAUUCCGAAACAUGCUAUUACCACUUGGCUCUUCUCCCUGAAUAGAAACCCCACUGUGGACAGAUUAUUUUCUUGGGGGCUUGAUGUUGAUACUACUUGUCUGCUGUGUGGUUUACAGGACGAGUCUAGGGAUCACCUCUUCUUCGAGUGUUCCUUCUCUGCUGAAAUUUGGAAUCUGGUAACUUCAUAUCUUCAUCUCAACAUGGUGCCGACCACUUGGUCCCCUUCUCUCGUAUGGAUUGGUACUGUGGCUUCUCCAAAAGCCCUCUCUUGCUCUGAAACAGGGAUGGCAGGCGACAAUUUAUGA